AUGUGGCUCAAGCUGUUUCUGCUGCUCCUGUACUUCCUCAUCCUCUUCGUACUGGCCAGAUUCUUUGAAACUAUAGUAUGGUACGAGACGGGCAUCUUCGCCAGUCAGCUAGUGGACCCGGUGACCUUAAGCUUCCACCAGCUGAAGACCAUCCUGGAGUGCCGAGGCUUAGGAUAUUCAGGUCUUCCAGAGAAGAGGGAUGUCCGGGAACUUGUGGAAAAAUCUGGUGACUUGAUGGAAGGAGAGCUGUACUCUGCCCUGAAGGAGGAGGAGGCCUCAGAAUCUGGCUCCAGCACUAACUUCAGUGGAGAGAUGCACUUCUAUGAGCUGGUGGAAGACACAAAAGAUGGCAUCUGGCUGGUGCAGGUGGUUGCUAAUGAUCGAAGUCCUCUUGUGAGUAAAGUGCACUGGGAGAAGAUGGUGAAAAAAGUGACCAAGUUUGGCAUCCGGACAGGGACUUUCAAUUGCUCCAGUGACCCCAAAUACUGCAGGAAGAGAGGAUGGAUGAGGUCAACGCUUAUUAUGUCUGUGCCCCAAACAAGCACUUCAAAGGGAAAAGUCAUGCUGAAAGAGUACAGUGGACGCAAAAUUGAAACUGAGCAUAUAUUUAAGUGGAUUACUGCACACGCCCGCUUCACGGAUCAAAACAGUUUACAAUUCUGAGCACUUGAAAGAAGAAUGGAACAAAAGUGAUCAGUACAAGGUCAAGUUGUACCUCUUUGCCAGUCUUGAUAAGCCUCCAGCUUUCUUCUCAGCGUUGAGUGUGAAAUUUACCGGGAGAGUGGAAUUUAUCUUUGUCAAUGUCGGUAAUUGGGACAAUACAAGCUACAUGACAGAAAUUGGCAUAUCCAGAACACCUUCCUAUGUUUUGAAGACCCCAGAGGGAAUUUACAAAUAUGGGAAUAAUACAGGCGAGUAUAUCUCCCUCCGAGCCAUGGAUUCCUUCCUGCGCACUUUACAGCCCGAAGUCAAUGACUUGUUUGUGCUCAGUUUGGUCUUGGUGAACCUGAUGGCUUGGAUGGACUUAUUUAUUACUCAAGGAGCCACCAUCAAAAGAUUUGUUGUUUUAAUCAGCACUUUAGGGACCUAUAAUUCCCUGUUAAUCAUUUCCUGGCUACCAGUUUUGGGAUUCCUACAGCUGCCCUACCUAGACAGCUUUUAUGAGUACAGUCUAAAGUUACUUCGCUAUUCUAACACGACAACUUUGGCUUCGUGGGUAAGAGCCGACUGGAUGUUCUACUCUUCCCAUCCUGCCCUUUUCCUAAGCACUUAUCUUGGUCAUGGCUUACUUAUAGAUUACUUUGAAAAGAAGAGACGUCGAAAUAAUGCUGAUGAAGUCAAUGCCAAUAACUUGGAGUGGCUGUCUAGCCUCUGGGAUUGGUACACUAGCUACCUGUUCCAUCCGAUCGCCUCUUUCCAGCACUUUCCCAAUAACUCUGACUGGGAUGAAGACCCAGACCUCUACCUCGAGCGCUUGGCAUUUCCAGAUUUGUGGCUUCACCCUCUGAUACCCACCGACUACAUCAAAAAUCUACCCACCUGGCAGUUCCAGAGUCAUAAGCAUUCCGUAGAAGAAGACCUCUUGGAAGGCUCUGUAGAAAGUGACAGUGACUCUGAAACUGAGCCUUCUAACAGCGCAACUUGUCAAUGUCAAGCACUUGAAGGCCAUACCAACUGUUGCACAGCUAAGCCUUCAGCGGAAACCACUGACCAAACUUGCUCAUGUGUCGACACACAAAAGAAAGGCAGCCCAUGCGGAAGAAAAAUCAGGGCCUAUGGUUCUUAUUGCACUGAGGACAGCCUAGAACCAAAUUGGUCCGUGUGGCCAGUAAACAUGUUGCAUUGUACAGAAUGUGUUGUGUGUCUAGAGAAUUUUGAGAAUGGUUCUCUACUUAUGGGUUUACCUUGUGGUCACGUAUUUCACCAAAACUGCAUUGUGAUGUGGCUGGUGGGAGGUAGACACUGUUGCCCGGUUUGCCGCUGGGCAUCCUACAAAAAGAAACAUUACAGUCACCAAGCAUCAUUGUCAAGUACCACUGUCUCUUAG